AAGUUUCUAUACAUCUUUACUUUUCUUUUCUGUGUUUAUUGUCGUCUGAGCAGUGAAUACGAAACUAGCCGUUUGUGUUCAUUUGCUCUUAGAUAAAUUAAUCUUGUUCAUUGUCAGGCACAAAAGAAAAACGAAGUAUUAAGUGUUUUACAAUGUUUACAUAAUAAGUCACUUAAAAUAUUACCAUGAAUUUAGUAGUGUGGAUAAUAUGCUUAACGAUAUGCAUUGUACAUGGAGAUCGCCAGGAGGAUUUAGAGGCUGUUGUUUUACAGAAGGAUCUGCAAGAAUAUUUCAGGCGUUUAUCCCAGCAGCCGCCGGUGCAGACUACACACAAUUUUCGCACUGCGUUUUUACCUGAAAACACUCCAUCAUUAGGGCAGCAGUCAGAGGAUCCUGUAGAAGAACUUGUGUAUCCCUUCCCUUCGUUAAAGGGUCCAUUUCAAAGUAAUUCGAACAGAGAAUCACACAGUUUUGCAGCUUCAUCUGCAUCCAUAAAGAGACCAAAUAAUGAUGGAGAAGCAAAUGCCAAAGCAAUGGCAUUCUCUUCCCUUAAGGAUGUGGAUGCUGAAGAGCAUAUUGGAGAAAACAUAGAUUCUCCCGACAAAAGCUCUACUACAUUUAGUGAUAUGUACAGAACAUCUUCUGCACAAGAUGAAGCCGUUGGCACUUCACCUAAAAAAGGUGACCCAUACACACUAAAACAACAACAAGUUGAAACAGUUAUUAGGAAAGAGGAUGAAUCUUUCAGUGAUGUUUACUUUGUUGCAAUCGUAGCAGGAUGCUGCGCUGUUGGUAUAUUUGGUGUUAUAUCAGCUGGCAUCUGUUUUUACAGGUUACAGAAAAGUCAAAAAGCGGCUGCUGAUGUAGAUUAUCCUGCUUAUGGAGUGACUGGACCUUGCAAAGAUGUUACAUCUCCCAAUGGAGACAGGAAGUUAGCACAGAGUGCUCAGAUGUAUCAUUUUCAACUGCAAAAACAACAAAUGAUUGCUGUGGAAAAAGCUGGUUCCACCAAAAAUACAUCUGCUUCAGAUGUUGAUUCUGAAGAAGAAAAUGAAGAAGGAGAUUAUACAGUAUAUGAAUGCCCAGGCUUAGCACCAACUGGAGAAAUGGAAGUUAAAAAUCCCUUGUUUCAUGAUGAUUCCACCCCUGUAUCUCCUCCCAUGCUCCCUGAUAAAACAGAUGGCCCUCACCAGCAUAACUGAAUUCUCUGUUUUGCCAGUGAAGUCCUUGCUCAUCUGCUACACCUGUUACUGUAAUAAAAACCUUUGUUCUUGCUUUCUAUAGUUAAACCCCAUACCUUAUCCAUUCUUUAACGGGAUUCAACUAUACACGGACUUUAAAACAAAAAUUGGAUUUAUUAUUAUAACUGAAGCAUACAAAUCAUAACUAAAAAGGGAUUAUCACUUUUUUAUUUGAAUACAGUUUGUUGAUAAUUGUUUGUAACAAAUUCUUUCGUCUUAGACCUGAAUUAUCCUAAACCUGUUGAGUAAAAAAUUGAAAUCUCAGUGUUUUCAACUUGUUUACAUUUUUUUUACUAUGUUGUUUUAUGUUAUUUUAAAGUUUGUUAGUAUUUUAAAAAUGUAUUAUUUUAGCCGUUACUAUUAUUUACUAAUUAGUUUUAAAUAUGGAUUCUGUUUGGUGAUUAUUCAUGUUAAUACUCAUAAUUUAAGUUUGUAAUGAACUAUUUCUUAUCAAUAAUUUUUUUCAAGCUUUCCCUUUAACCAUAAGUUGAAGAAUAUUUUUUAAAAAUAGUUAACAAAUAAUAAUAGUUCACUUUAUUACGUAAAAUUUUGUUCCAACUACAAAAUAAAAUAUAGAAUUCAAAAUGUAACAGAUGUUAGAGAGUCUAAUGGAAGCUUCCUUAUUGACUUUAUUUUGUGUACAACAAAAUUUUAAAGUAGAUUUUAUUUCAAUUAAAUUUGUUUAUUUGCUUGAAUUCAUUUCUCUCUAUAUAUGUAAGAAAAAUUGUCAUAAAAAUUACUAAAUGUAAAUUUUUGAUUAGUUAAAGUGUUAUAAGCUGUUAGAAAUUUUUUUUUCCCUUUUAAAGUAAGCAUUCUAAUGUAACUUCACUCAAAGUAAUUUUUUUUUAAAUGUUGUUGAUUAAAUAAUAAUGUGUAGGUUCAGUCUUGUUAAAGAUAACCCUAACCUCUUUCUGUAUCCUUCUAUAAAAUAAUAGUUUAUGAACUUAAAAGUAGGAAAAAGAGUUAAUAGUUAUUUUUGUUUUGAAUAUAUAUUAUUGAAUAGAUAUAGUCUUUCUGAUUUUAUAAAUCUUUUAUGUCUAGUCACACCAUGAAAUAUGUUUGUUACAGUUACAGUUAAAUAUUUUAAAGCUAUGCAAUUAAGUGCAUUGUAAUGCUAGUCAAUGAAAGAGCACAUUCGUGGAAAGAAGUUACAUUUCUUGUAAUUUAAAAAUAUUUAUGAUUCUUAUGUUUUAAAAAUGUACAGUUUAAAAAAUAUAUACAUAUAUUUAUCUUCUAGUCAGUGUAAAUGAUUAUUACAAUAAAAACAACAAAUUAUAGCUAGAAAUUGUAGAAAUUUUUAAAAUCAAACUAAAAUUAUUUCUAGAUUUUAUUGUUAUAACAUAUUUAUUUAUAAAAAAUUUUUUCUCGAUAAUUCGGUUUUUAUUGUUAGAAUUUGAUGACAUAAUUCUGCAGAAAUACUGUAUUUAUUUAUUCAACAUGUCUAUAUUUUUAGACAUUAUUUUCAAGCAUUUAUCAUUAUUAAUCCAUGCAGUAGACUUCCAUUCAUGUUUCAUUGCUUGUUAAGCUAACUUUUCUUUUAGUAUUCAAAAACUAUUUUAUGAAAAAAAUAAUAUAAUUAAAAAAUAUACUCUUCAUUCGAUUAAUUAAUUAGAAAAUUUAGUUUAGUUUUAAAAGAUAACAGCAUUUUAGAAAUAUUUAUUCUUUUGUUUCUUGAAAGUUUUUUUUUUAUUUCUCUGAAAUAUAUCUAGAUGUUUGGGAGACUACUGUAGAGUAUAAUUAUUUGAAACUAAAGAAUAUUAUUAAGGGUGAUUUAAAACCAAAUUUGUGUGUUGCAAUUAUAGAAGGGUUAAUUUUUCAAUGUAUGCAUUUAAAAAUUUAUAUAUAUUUUUUGCAAGUAUUUUUGUAAAAAUAAAGUACUAAUUAUGUUAACACAUUGUUGACCAGUGACGAGUUAACUCGUCAUUGCACUUGUAUUAUCUAUUUUAAUUCACAAAACCCAGGGCGUUAUAGAAUAUUGAUAAUUUUAUUUCAUUCAGUAAAAUUCAAAUAAAAUUUAUUAAAGUUCAAAUGAAAUUUAUUCAAGUUCAAAUAAAAUUUAUUGGAGUGCAUUUAGAAUAUUUUAUUUUACUUUCAUAUUCAAUUACAAAUUAAUAGCUGGUGACAUGACAUAGUUUCUGUGUAAAAUUGUCGGUCAACAAAGUGUUAAGAUUUUAGAAAGUUUUCACAGUCGGGUUUUUAUUUUUUUUAAAACUUAAAAUUUUUAGUUAAAAUUCUAUAUUUUAUUAUUAUUAGAUAAAUUAAAGUUAUAUUAAAAUCAAAAUAUGGUUUAUCUUUAAAAUAAGUGAAUAUUGUAAAUUAGCAGUAGAUCUGUAUUAAAAGCUAUGUCUAAUAAAUAAACACAAAGUAUGAUAUGGAAAGCAGCAAACUAAUUGUAUUUUUGUUGAAUUGAAUUAAUAUUAUUUUUAAAAUUAUGUUUGAAAUAAACUUUAGUAUUGUACGUCCAUUUAAGAUUGUUGGUAAUUGUUAAAGUAUAUUUUUUACUUUUUAAAAGUGCAGCAAGGUUAUGAUUAAGUCGAUUUACCCAAAUUACUUCCGAUUGUACAGAUUGUAUAUUUAACUGUGUGUAAGUGGGAAAAGAAAAUUGUUAAUGUUAUUCUGUAAAGAGUUUUUUAAAUAUAUAUCUAUCCAUAUCAAAUCAAAACACUUAACUUAGGAAUAUGAUUGGGCUUUUUGCAUUGCAAGUUCAGUUUAAAUAAUUUUAAGAACUAUGCAUAAUUUUUUUAUUACUUUCUUAGCAGUAUUUGGAAUGUAAUAUUUUUGUGCGAAACAAAUCAGAGUAGAAAGCAUCUUUAAUUUAAGUUAUUGAAAAAAAUUAUAACAUUUCCUAUCAUAUAUCGUAAACAGAAGUAUUAUCUAGUCAUGCUCAACCUCUAUCUAUUUAAAAUUGUUUUUAUCUUAUAUAAUUAAAAUAGUUACUAAUGAUAACUUUAAUGAAUUAGCCAAAAUAUAUUGAAAUUUUUUUUUGCUGAAAUUUAAAAUAUCAAAUCUUGAGAAAAUAAGAUUGGGGCAAUAUUAAGAUCGUUUUAAACCUAAUAAUGUAUCUGUUUAAACGUAUCUUUAAAUGAAAUUAAAAAUAUUAAAGAAUCAUUUUGAAGACAAAUAAGUAGCGGAAAAUGCCUUAUUAAAAAAAUUGCAAUCAAUAUUUUGAACAAAUUUAGAGUGUUCACUAUAUUAAUUGCAAUUGAAAGACCAUCUAAGAUUCACAAAACAUGACUCUGGUUGAGAGUGCACUGUAUAACAUUAUUAUUUUAAAGUCUAGCGUAUUAGGUGUUAAAAUUCCUUGUUUUUAAAUUAAAAUUACAGAUUAAAUUUUUUAGCUAUGAGUAAGAUGAGAAAAGGGAGAGAAAAACUGUUUUGGAAUAGCGAUUCUAAGCACAACAUACUUGAGCACUUUUGCUGUUUAUAGAUAUGCAUUUACAUAGUUAGCUUAAUUCCUCGAGUGUUCCAAUGUUCUGUUUAAUAUUGAAACUGAUUAAUAAAAACAUUCCAUUUAUUUUUUAAUAAUUUGUCCCGUGCGUUUUUCUCCAAUUCAUUGAAUGAUAAGCUCUUGAAAUGUGAAAUUGCAUUUAUUUAUUAAUGAUACUGAUAAAGAAAUUGUGUUUAAUAACAGUUGCACUUGUAUUUAAAACUUUUGUUUAAAGAACUAUUUGAAAUAUCAAGAAUAAUUUCACACAUUACCAUAAUUAAACUGUGAGAAAAUAUUUGUUAGGCAUUUCAUUAGUAUUAAAAUUGAAUAAUGUUUCAUACAAAAUUGUUCUAACCUGCAGCUAACUUUAUUAUCAAUAUUUCUGAUCAUAUAUUUUAUUAUCAAUAUUUCUGAAAUUUUUUUAUAAAUCUUAAUACUAGUAUUAACAUUCCAGUUAUGUGUUGCAAAAUUUAUAAUUUUCAAAGCUAUUUUUGAAAUAAAAACAUAAAAAUAUUUUUUAGAGAGAUUCAAACGUAUAUGUUUUCAAAAACAAACAUAAGUUGGGUUUUGAAACUGGUUGAUGAUUUAAUUAUCUAUUUUAUUAGUUUUACUGUUUAAUAAUCAGCCACAGUUUUGCAGUUAAAAACAGUAUGUUCCCAAAAGAAAAGAUGCGCCACUUUCUUCCCCUUUUUCAAGCCUGUAUGAUUUCAUUAUAAGUAAUUUUUUCGAGAAGAAAUUGCACAUGCUGUAAAUGCCGUUGCACCUAAUCAUCACUUACAGGUGCCCCUAAGACCCAUAUUACUUUUCAUACCUCUCGUGCUAACCUGUGAUUAAUAAUUCUUUAAUUAUAGAGUAACAAGUAAAUAUUUUGAAUAAUCUUUAUUUAAUUUUAUGCAACUCAGUUACCAAAUUCCUAUUUUUAAGGUUUUUGACAUUAAUAUUUUUUUUCAAAGCUACUAUAGUUACUUUGGUAAAGUUUUACAAAGGUUAAAAUACGUUUAAAACUUAAAAUUUAGGAACUAAGUUCUAAAUAAAGCAUUUUUAUAAACCAAAUGCAACAAAAAGUGUUUCAAAAUGUUUAUUAGUUACUAAACAGGGAAUUAGUAUUUCCAUAGGUUAACACGGGAGGUGGGGAAGUAGAAUCUGAAUCCAGAACACCACAAAAUUACAUAGAAGUCUUCUGUUAUUAAACUCAAUUUUUUACAAAGCGUAACUUUUAUUUUGUGUUUUGUCCCCUGUUUGAAAUUAUUUUCUCCCUUUAUAUGGUUUAUUAAUUAAGAGAUACCACUGUGUGAGAAUGGUUGAUGAGAUAACUGAUACAUAGAAUAAUUCACAUUAUGUACUUGUAUUCCCACAAGAGGAGUCAGCUGGUAUAUGGGUCCAAUGAAUGGAGUUAUAUUGAGUAUUGUUAUAAUUUACUAUGGUACAUGCACUUUCACAUUUUUUUGCUUACUCAUGACUAGUUUGUAAUCGUGUUAAGUUAAUGUCAUAGGUCUGCAAAAAGUAUGAAAUAUUAAUGCUGUAUUUUCUUUUCUGUGGUUUUGAAAUGCUUUAGUGAUGUGUAGAAAUUAUAGUUUUUUAUUUGUAAAAAUUAUUCAGUGAGUCCUCAUUGUGCAGAAUCCAGUAAUUUAAGUCAGCAUGGUUGUGCUUCCUGUUGUACAUAUAUACAAGUACAAUAUCAAUAAAUUGUUUUAACCCUU